CUUAUGCGCGGCUGGGCCGUGCGCCAUGGAAGCCUAGCGAGCGCUCAAUGCAGGUGAAUUUCCUUCCUGCUUAGCUCUUCUUGUGGAGGCUGUGUUGAGUGACUAUCUAUUAGAGAUGCAGCUCAAGCGUCAGCUUCAACAGGAGAGGUGGCGGCCAGAUCUCUUGCACAAUUUGAAGGGCAAGGGAUCCCCCAUUUCGUGUUGGUUCUAGCUGCCGAUCCCAGUCACGGUGUAAUCUCUUUUAAAGUAUUCUGUGCUCACUCACAACCUGCCAUUGGCGGGCCAGUGGCUCUGUACGUGUGCCAUCAUGGUUGGAACAAGGGCCAAUGAUGAGAUGCAGGCUGGUACUGCAGAUGUUUUGGCCACACCACCUUUCAAUUCAGAGGCCCUAGGUCCAAAAGAGACCAAUAUGGCUGGAGACUGCCUGCUGGUGCUGAUGAAAGGGCAUCCUGGUACAGGGAAGAGCACGCUGGCUAGAGCCCUUGCGCGCGCACUGUGCUGCCCCCUGAUCGACAAGGACGAUGUACGGGACUGCACAAUGCACUUGGAAGCAUUGGAAGACGCCUCUUCCAGCACCAGCAACCCUCCAAGAUCUGGUGAUAUCCCUGCGACCAUUCUGAACGACCUCUCUUACCAAGUCAUGUGGAGGAUAGCCGCCACUCAACUUAGCCUGGGUCUCACUGUGAUCGUCGACUCUCCCCUCUCCUCGUUACAACGAUUUCAGGAGGCCGAGCAGAGUGCUGCCGCCACUGGGGCCAGGAUUCUCGUCAUCGAAUGCGCGCCAUCCAAAGAAGAGGUCUGGAAAGAAAGAGUAGAGAGAAGAGCCGCUGCGGCGGCCCAGUCAGCGUCCUCUUCGGGUUGGCACAAGCCGUCAACUUGGGCAGACAUCGAAGUGUUGAUGAGCAGGUACCAAGGCUGUUGGAACUAUGACGUUGGCCUUAACCCAAAACUGACGUUGGACACGGGUGAUUUUGUGAUAUCUCCAGAGCAGCUGCUUACGCAAGCAUUGGACUUUGUACGAACAUAUGCAGCCAAGAGUUGAUGAGUCCUCGCUUCUACCUUUCUAGAUCUCUCUACUUACAUGCUUGUCAUGUUUGGCAUUGCUGAUACGCUGC